CGCUGCCGUUGAGACCGCUGAGACCCCCUCGACCUGCCUGCAAAAAUCGAUCCGCAAAAGGGAGUAGUGCAGUAGAGAGUUCUUUCCGUGAUGUCCUCGCUGGUGGAAAUGGAAAUGUGCCGCUUUUACCACUCGUGUGUGUUACACUAGUCAAAAAGUGUCGGCCCUGUGGACUAACCUGUGACUUCGCCAGACUAUCAACAUGACCAAGGACAGGCUCGCCGCCCUAAAAGCGGCACAAGGUGAAGACGACGUUUCCGUCACAGUAGAAGAUGGGGCAAAUUUCAUGGAAGAAUUCUUUGCAGAGGUGGAGGAGAUUCGGGAGAAUAUCGACAAAAUACAAGCAAAUGUCGAAGAAGUCAAGAAAAAACACAGUGCCAUUUUAUCAGCUCCACAGACUGAUGAGAAGGUCAAGCAUGAGCUGGAGGACCUUAUGGCCGACAUCAAGAAGACUGCCAACAAAGUGCGGGCCAAGUUAAAGGUCAUGGAGCAGAACAUUGAGCAGUUGGAACAGACGCAAAUGAUGUCCGCAGACUUCAGGAUACGCAAGACACAGCAUUCAAUGCUGUCUCAGAAGUUUGUGGAAGUGAUGACAGACUACAACAAAACCCAAACAGAUUACAGGGAGAGGUGCAAGGCUCGCAUUCAGCGGCAACUAGAAAUCACUGGGCGUAUGACAACCAACGAAGAGCUUGAAGAGAUGUUGGAGAGCGGGAACCCUGCCAUCUUUACACAAGGAAUCAUCAUGGAGACACAGCAGGCGAAGCAGACACUGGCUGACAUCGAGGCCCGGCAUGCAGACAUCAUCAAGCUGGAGACGAGCAUUCGGGAGCUACAUGACAUGUUCAUGGACAUGGCCAUGCUCGUAGAAAGCCAGGGAGAGAUGAUCGACAGGAUUGAAUACCAUGUGGAGCAUGCACGGGACUACAUCGAGACUGCCAAGCAGGAUACCAAAAAAGCACUCGUCUACCAAAGCAAGGCCCGAAGGAAGUGCAUCAUUAUAAUCUCCAUCGUGGCUGUGAUACUCAUCAUUAUAAUUAUAAUUCUUGCCGUGAAUUUGGCAUGAGGGACCAGAACAACCAGGACAUGAAGGAAGAGGCUACAACUGCGCUCAAGUGCGCGCAAACAGAUGCUGACGACGCGUUAAAGUCUGUUGGCAAAGCUGCCCCCUCCUCUUCCCAGCACCGCACAUUCAUCACGCCCAGCAACAAAACGUGAAUGCCCCCCUGAAUUUAUGCCUCAGUGUUUGGCUGCCUGUGCUAACUACUGAAUGACAUUUUGGUUGUAUCUCUCUCUCUUUUUUUCUUUUCUUUCGUUACUUGAUAUUCUUCAGUUUCUCUUGUUUGACGAAACUCGGAAGUAAGCUGCCUCUUUUAUUGUAGUUGGCUGCAGAAUUGAGUUAUUCCCCUAUUCACAAACAGGGCUUGACUCCAUUGAGUGUAGGACAGCGUCGCCUGUUGACCAAAGUAGACGUAACACAUUAAUAAUGUUCUUCAGCCAUUCCUUGCGAUGAGAAGUUGCUCGAGAAAUGUGUAUUAACUCCAGUGCCUUCCUGUAAGCAUUAAAGAAUGUAUGAUCACGAAAUUAGAGACAUUGGGAUCAAUGGGGAGCAUUGUGAAAGCAGAGUGACCACUUUGGCCAAGCACCGGCGCUCGCUUUCCACUUUCUGAAGUCCGGUGAAUUUGUUAGUGGCGGGGGAACAUUUAAUGAUACAAGAGUUAGCAUUUCGUAGAUGCAACGAAAAAGUUUGCUGGUCAACGCAAGAACUUGUUCCUUGUGCAUUGCUUGUCCUGCACACCGUCGACACUGCGGGUUGGUUGCUGUAUAUGUGCUCAGCAGGACUUUCCUGGUGGUUUUGUUAAUGACUGCUGCAUAUACGGGAAAUCGGUAAGGGACAAACUGAAUGAAUGUUAACAGCACUGCGAAGGACCGAGUAGCUGAGCUGAAAUCAAAAAAAGGGGCUAAUUUUAUUUGCCUCCUGUGCUGAAACUAAUAUUUCUGUGUUCAGUGGGCGCCUUUCUCCCGCCACUAAUGGGAGUUGACUGUGACACUAGUGGUGCGCUGAGAUAAAAUAUGUGGUGUUGCUUAAAUGUGCUGGCUGGCUUAGCGUCCUGCAGGGCUUAUCACAUGUGGAAUGUUAUCUUAUCUGGCGGGCAAAUGUGCGUGAGCACGCAUUUGUCUUUUUAAUUGUUCAUGAGGUGGCGUUAAAAAGAAGACGAAACACGGGGCAGAAGAUGCAAUACGUUUUGUCUUUUACUUGGCUUUACCUAUUCAAAACAUGAACCAACAGCUGAAAAGAGCUCAUCACGAAUAUUUUUAUUUUUAUGCUCCCUUAGCUGAUCACUUCAUCUUUGGUCUAUAUUGUAGUGAGGCACGCAUUUCGGCUUUCCCGCUGCAUCAUUUUCUUAUUGCUUGUGAACUUCCAGAAUAAAAAUUGGUAAGUUUCACAACUAUACGUGGCUGAAAUCUAACAAAACUGUUGUUGGUUGAAAUCUAACCCUCAAUUCGGGCUAAGAGAGAAUGUGCAGAGAAGAAAAUUAACCAUUGUUGCUGUACUUGAUUUGUGUGUGCGCAUAACUUCUCAUCUUCACCAACAAUUUAACUGCAGUGCAAUAAUCAUGAGCAAUGUUUAAGCAAGCAUUACAAUUUAUAAUUAUGAAGCAGCUUUUUUGGCAAAGAACACAGAUUCAGUGACAUGAAAAGAUCCUUCUUUGGUUGUGAAGAACCAAUCUAUGCUCUGUCAUUUGCAUUGCUGUUGCAUCUAACAGUGUUAACAAAAGACACCUCGGGGGCCUGCAAAAGGUAAAUGAGUGAAAUCAUUAAAAAGUUUACAGGCAUUCUGGAAUUCCAUUGGUAAAUACAUUGCUAGGUAUCCUUGCACAGCAUAACAGAGCAGGUAAAAAACAGUAUGACAGUUACGAAUGACAGGCGUAUUUCUUGUAAUCUGUCUUGUAAUUUCUUGUAAAUUUGGCUGCAACGCCACAUCUCUUUGUAGAUGCCAUUGGUUCUCCAAUUUCUGCAUGUAUUGUUUGUAAGGGAUGGCUUGCUUGCAAAGCAAGCCUGGGACAUUUGCUUGCAAACCUGAUGUAUGUGUGCUUUUUGUUCCUAUGCACUGCGUUUAGCGCAGCACUUCUCGACACACACAAAAAAAAUGUGUGUAGUUUUGGGAGGCUUGGCUUGAAACUUUUGGAGGCGUCGCCACUUACUAGUCGCAUUGCAAGGUUCACAAACAGCCGGGCUCUUUGUGUGUUUUUUUAUGCGACUGCAGUCAUGUGUCAUGACCCCGAUGCAUGGUCCAGUGGCCGCAUGCUUUCUGAGCAGGUUUUCAUUGAUUGUAGAGAGCCAGUAGUCCGAUUCUGUUUCAUCACUGUAUUGCUUAUUGUCACUUCAGCUCGUGUGGUAAUCCUCAGAUUUCUCACUUGUUUUUCCUUUUAUAUUGUUUGCUUGUGCUUAAGGAAUUGCAUCUUGGAAGAUGGUACUUUAUGUAUACCAAAGCUACCAUCAUCUGUUCUGUAUUCAGAUUGAUUUCAAAUGAGUGUGAAUUGGGUGUACCAUGUGGCUAACGUACAUUUGCUCAUAGCUGCAGCUCCGUUACAUUCUAUGCACACACACACACAAAAAAAGAUUGUUGUGGUGAUCUUUGGCACUGCCAUUAUGAACAAAUCUUGUCUUGUGCGAAGUAGUUGGAGUCUGCACCAAAGUGUGUUGUUCUCAAUUCAUUUGUUAUUUAGUGCACCCUCCUUCAUGUUGGCUGUGGCCAGUUGGUAUCUGUAACCUGCGCUGGCGCCCUCAGUGUUGACACUUUUCUUCACAAAUGCUACACAAAGUGUGGACUACAUGGGCUGGUUUCUUUUGGUUUUUAUGCUAUUUGAAAAGGACCUUUAAAAUCUCAACUUUUCCUUUUUUGCUUUUUUUUUUUCACGUAAUAAGGUCUGUAUUUCUUAGCUUGUAGGGCAUUAGGCACGUUGGGGAAGUGCUAACUACCGCACAAUCGUUGCAUAGAGUAGUUAAGUCGUUUUGGGUGCAAAGUUACGUUUAGCCUUGCUGAGAAAAACAAAUGUCAUUAGUUUGGUGCCUUAAAUGGUUUACUUGCUACCCAUUCAUUGCUCGUGCUUUGAGUGUUGACAGUUUUUGCCUGUUGAACACGGGAGUGGAACAAAGACUGCAUGCAUGCCUUCAUUGAGAGUGAGCCUCUGUUGAAAGGCUAUAUGGACACUUCGCACAUCUCGCUCGAUGUAGCCAAGGUUGUGAGCCUUGAAAACGAGUCUGAACACUGGCAGAGGCCACCACGCUUCUUUGCUUCGAGUGUGGCCGCACAGUUCAAAGGCAUGUGAGCUCGGCCAUUUUUGUUCGGCAGGAUUGAGACGAGCUUGCGGGAUUUUCUAUGCCUGGUUUAGCGGCAUGUGUUUAGCACUGAGGAUUCAAGUCUUACUGUGCCUGACAACUCGUGCGAAUAUCUGUGAUUCCUAAAGAAUCCAGGGUAAUUGAGGCUUGUGUAAUCGGUGUGCCUUCACUUGGAAUGCACUCCGUGUUCGCUCGUGAAAGGAAAAAUAGAAAAUGGCUUGAUGUACCUGCUUGUUGGAAAUCUUAGUUGCCAUCUCAGUUACAUUCUUUCUGCUGCUAGCAAGAGCGUAAAUCUAGGCGGAAAUUUUGUGUCAGUGGCACAAGCCCUUCUUUGGUGGUAGUAGCUAUAUGACACUUGGCUUGGCUGCUGCUUAGCUAGCAACGUAAUGUUGCUACUGUACUCAAAGAUUUGUGACCAAUCCAUGUGGCUUUGUGACUUUCCUUACCCUUGUUUUCUUUUAAGGAAAACAAUUGUAUUUUUUGAAACUUUUAGUGUGUGAUAGUUCAUGUGUCUGUUCCUUUGCCCAGAAGUUUCUUUCUCUUUUUCUGCGUCAGUUCCUCGUCCAGGCUGUCGGUAAUAGCUCUUUGUGUGCCGGAAGAAAAUUAUAUGUGCAUAUAUAUAAAAUACAAUAUAUAUAUAUAUAUAU